AUAAUAUGAGCCUCUCUCUCUCUUUCUUCCUUCUUUGAUCAGGUAUACAGAAAUGGCGUCUCCAUUUUUGAACGAGAAAAUUCCAAUGCUUUUCAUCUAUCUAACUCACCUUCUCUUUCACGAUAAGUCAUUUCGCUUUACUUUCUUUCUCUUUUCUUCAACCAAUAAUUAAUUCAAAAUUUAUAAGUUUUUAUAUUAUUUCUCUUUCUAAAUUGAUGAUUAUUCCAUUUACAGGCUACUUUUGAUUAUUGAUUUCUUUGUGUAAAGCGAGAUUUCUGUAAAUUUAUCAGAUUGGAUUUCAAUUCUUUGUAUGUUUAUAGAUAUUCGUUUUGAAAAUCCAGAUUCAUCACAGAUUAUCGUUGUUAUAUGCCAAUCUCUGAUUCUUUUUUCUUUUUAAUUUUGAUCAUCAUUGAGCAAUUUUUCAUUGAUUUAGAAAGUGCAUUUAACGGAAAAGAGGAGCAAUUAAGGUUUCCAAACAAUUUUUGUUGUUGUUUGGGACCAAAUUGCCAAUUUUUUUUGUUUCCAUUAAUGGGAUCAAUAGAGACCAAUUUGGAUAAUUUGGAGUAACGGAAGCUAAUAAGGACUUGAAUUUGGGCUUGUUUUUGAUGGGGAAUACAUGUGUAGGACCAAAUCUUGGCAGUAAUGGAUUCAUACAAUCAGUUUCUGCAGCUGUUUUUCGCACCCGGCCACCAGAAGAUAGGUUACCACCUCCUAAAGAAGAAGAUAGCAGCAAAGGUGGAGAAUCAAAAGAUUCUGGAAGUUCUAAGGGUGGAUCAAAUUCAAAUCACGAUGCAAUUCAAAAUACCCCACCUGAAACGGUUAAGAUUACUAAUGAGACACCACCUAAAGUGAUAGACCACGAAAAAUCAAUGAAGCCAGACAUGAGGGAUGUGGCAAUCAAUAAUAAUAAGCCAGAGGAGGAACCAAAACAUAAGAAACCCAGUAAUUUUAAGAGAGUUUCAAGUGCUGGGCUUCAAGCGGAUUCUGUUUUAGGGAGAAAAACUGGAAAUUUGAAGGAGAUUUAUAGUUUGGGGAGAAAGCUUGGACAAGGUCAAUUUGGGACAACAUUUCUUUGUAUUGAGAAGGCUACCGGUAAUGAAUAUGCUUGCAAAUCUAUUGCAAAGAGGAAGUUGACUUCAAAAGAGGAUGUGGACGAUGUUAGGAGAGAGAUUCAGAUAAUGCAUCAUUUGGAAGGUCACCCAAAUGUUAUAAAAAUUUUGGAUGCCUAUGAGGAUGCUGUUGCAGUUCAUGUUGUUAUGGAACUUUGUGCGGGUGGAGAACUUUUUGAUAGAAUUAUUCAGAGAGGGCAUUAUACUGAGAGGAAAGCUGCUGAGCUAGCAAGGUUAAUAGUUGGUGUUGUGGAAGCAUGUCAUUCUUUAGGUGUUAUGCACAGGGACUUGAAGCCUGAGAAUUUUCUAUUUGUUAGUCAGAAAGAGGAAGCACCACUUAAAACAAUAGAUUUUGGGCUCUCGGUGUUUUUCAGACCAGGUGAAACAUUUACCGAUGUUGUUGGGAGCCCUUAUUAUGUAGCCCCAGAAGUAUUGCGGAAACAUUAUGGUCCAGAAUGUGAUGUUUGGAGUGCUGGUGUCAUCAUUUAUAUUUUAUUAAGUGGUGUGCCCCCAUUCUGGGAUGAAACGGAACAAGGAAUAUUUGAACAGGUUUUAAAAGGUGAACUAGAUUUCAUAUCAGAACCAUGGCCUAAUAUAUCUGAAAGUGCAAAAGAUCUUGUCAGAAGAAUGCUUGUGAGGGAUCCUAAAAAACGAUUGACGGCCCAUGAAGUUCUCUGCCACCCUUGGGUUCAGGUGGAAGGUGUUGCCCCAGAUAAACCUCUUGAUUCCGCUGUUCUAAGUCGCUUGAAGCAAUUCUCAGCCAUGGCCAAGCUCAAGCGAAUUGCCAUCCGAAUCAUUGCUGAAAGCCUGUCUGAAGAGGAAAUUGCUGGCUUAAGAGAAAUGUUCAAGAUGAUAGAUGCAGAUAAUAGUGGACAGAUUACUCUAGAGGAACUAAAGAUUGGUUUGGAAAAAGUGGGAGCUAGUCUCAAGGACAAUGAAAUUCUUGGGCUGAUGCAAGCAGCAGAUAUUGACAACAGUGGGGCCAUAGACUAUGGUGAAUUUAUAGCAGCAAUGCUUCAUCUAAACAAGAUUGAGAAGGAGGAUCAUCUAUAUGCAGCCUUUUCAUACUUUGAUAAAGAUGGGAGUGGGUACAUCACUCAAGAUGAGCUACAACAGGCCUGUGAUCAAUUCGGCUUAGGUCAUAUUCGCCUGGAAGAUAUAAUACGUGAAGUUGAUCAGGAUAAUGAUGGACGAAUUGAUUAUAGUGAAUUUGUGGCUAUGAUGCAAGAUACUGGUUGGAAAGAACGGAUAACAAAAUAACAUAAAUUAUAGAAUUAAGAAGCCUUCAAGCAUUUGUACCUGACCUGGUAUGCCAACAGCAAAAAGAGUCGGUAGUUAAUAUUGUAAUUCCUAACUAGCAUUUGCUGUUAUAUGUUAACAGAUUUGAAGUGCAUACCAUUGUAAAGAUCAGGCAUGCUUCAAAGUGUGGGUGAGCCCAUGAGAGUGAGUGUCCUAUUCAUUUUAGUUUUUCUAUUCCUUGUAUUUAUCUUUCAGUUUUCUGUUAAGUAUAUCAAGUCGGAUUAGAAUGCAGAUCUCUAAGUUGAAAGCAUCAUCAUUCAUGAUUACCCCUUUUUCUUUGUUCAAACAAUUGACAAUAUAUUUCUGUUGCUUUGUUUUUUAUUGCGAUACAAAUAUCUGAAAUUA